AAAAUCAAGUUAAUCAGUAAUAGCGCCUAUUUAAUCUAUGUGAGUAAAUUAUUGUACGUCGUGUCAUAGCUUCAGAAAAACCUGCUGUGCCUCGUAGGCAUGGAGCGACAUGGCCCUACUGUAAGCGUUUCUCCGGUACACGUUCUGAUCGACAAAGAAGUUCGCAUUUUAGUCGGUGGAUUGAAAGCAAAUCAGAAUAUAACUAUAAGGUCUUGGGUAAAUGGAGACAAGACUGAUAUAUUUGAGAGUUAUGUUUAUUAUACAAGCGAUAACAAUGGAAUCGUUGACUUACGAAGGCAGUCUGCCACCGGCGGUUUAUACACAGGCGUCCAACCUAUGGGGCUGUUUACUAGCAUGAUUCCGUCACCAAACAAUGACAGAGCUCACAGUAGAAUGUCACCAAAAGUUGAUGUUGAAAAAUCGUUAGAAUUUCACGUAGACGUCUAUGAUUUACAUCUGGUACCAGAACUAAUAAAUCGCUGUGUUCCCUUAUCUUCGACGACAGUAUAUCGGUCGUACAUAGCGCCUGGUGUUAAGAGACAGCCGGUUAGGAAUGGCAGACUUAGAGGUACAAUAUUCAUACCGCCCGGAAAAGGACCAUUUCCGGCGGUCAUCGAUUUAUUUGGUACAGCUGGCGGCCUGAUGGAAUUCAGGGCAUCAUUGCUCGCUUCACAUGGGUAUCUAUCUUUUGCAUUGGCUUAUUUUGCUCAUGAUGAUUUACCUUUAUCCGCAGUGGACCUUGAUCUAGAAUACUUUGAAGAAGCAAAAGACUAUUUAAAAGAACACCAUUCUGCUGCGAAAGGUGACAUUGGCGUGAUCGGAGUGUCUGUUGGUGGCACAAUUGCAAUGACUUUAGCGUCGUAUGUUGAAGGCUUCAAGUGUGCAGUUGUUAUAAAUGGUCCUUCUUUUGUCCAGUAUGCAACUUUUACAUACAAAGGGAGGUCGUGGCCAGGAGUUGAUAAUGAUAUGAAUCGUAUGUACGUUGAAAAUAAUGGGGUCGUUUUUGGUUCUUGUCUGGAUUCUGUUGAUGAAAACAAUCUUGGGGACGCAGAGAUAGAGUUUCAUAAAUCGAAAAGUUCUUUUUUAUUUUUUUAUUCCGAAGCCGAUAAAGCUAUCAAUACUGAGCUCAUGCAACGAGUCUUGCACCACCUUUUGUCCAAAGAGAAAACGUGUGAGUGUAAAAUAAUCACUCACCCUGGAGCCGGUCAUUUAUUGGAACCUCCAUACAGUCCACACGCACCACUUACGCAUGCAAAGCUAAUCAAUCUACCUCAGAGAUGGGGUGGGAAUUCAAAGCAGCAUGCUGAAGCACAGCUAUCGUCAUGGAAAGAAAUCUUAAAGUAUCUUAACGAAGUUUUUUACAGUCGCGCAAAACUUUGAUGAAAUUUAUUUAAUUUAUGGAAUGCCUGAUCUAUGCAUUUUGAUCGUGAAGUAGCUGGGAGGAAACGAUAGUACGGAGCAGUUGCAGAAUUUGUUUCAGCUCAAAUUAUUACGUGAUUUUUGUUAAUCUGACCAAUAAAUUGUUUCUUAUAUUCAAUUUACUUUUAAGUUUCUCAAUUUACACGAUUACAUUCUCGCGUAUUAUGGAACAAAUAACAACAUAUAUAUCCAUCUUCCGAUAAUAUUAUAAUUGCAUAUAUAUAUAUAUAUAUAUUCCGAUAAUAUUUCUACAAUCAAUAAAACCCCCUAAAUUAUUGUGAUAUCUGUUGAUAUAUGAUU